AUAUAACUGAUAUAACCACGAGGAUUGGAGAUGGGAGCCCCAGCGUCAGCCACGCCAGAGUUCGACUCGGCGCUCGAAGCGACGUUGAUUCAAAUGGUAGAAGACCGGCCACUAAUAUGGGAUGUGACCCACCCAUCCUAUCACAAGAAGACAACGAAAGAAAAGGCGUUCAGAGAUAUUGCCAUCGCCCUGGGCUUCGACGGCAACGUGGAAAAAGUGAAGAACAAAUGGGCAAAUAUGCGGUCCCAGUACCAGAGGGAAAACCGCAAGGUCAAGGAUUCGAGCCGCUCUGGUGCUGGGGCCGAUGACAUCUUUGUUCCAAAGUGGGCGCACUACAAGAAAAUGAGGUUCUUGUCGGCUGGGGCUCCUGAAGCCCAAAGCGAGUCGACACUCGAGACCUCCCAGGAGGAAGUGGAUGAUAGCCUCGAGCUGAUUUAUGAGCCGAGUGAAGAAGCUGUGCAGUCAGCGCCUCCACCCUCCAAGAAGAACUGCCGCCGCACGGAGGAGGCGGCACCGAACAGGGCGGUGCUGCUGCAGGCAGCUGUCGACAGCUUGAACGCUGCCAAGGAGCCGCCGCAGCCGGACGAGUGCAGAAGCUUCGGCGUUAUGAUGGAGUGCUGCGCCCGCAGCAUACCCAGGGGUGCGGACAGGCAGAUGGCCAUGCUGGCCGCCCACAGAAUCAUGGUGGAAAACUCAAUCGCAGCCAGUUUGGUCGUGGUGCCUGAAGGAGAAAAUUAA